AUGGCAUCAUCCUCUAACCCCAAAAGAAUCAAGACGAUUGGCCACAAGAAGGACAAAGGCAAAAAGAAGAAGAGCAGCAUCUAUAGCCACCAUUUCCUCUCCAAGAAAAAUGAGGACCAUUUUCAAGUGAUUCAGAACCGUAGACUGUUGAUGGAGAGGCAAGUGGAAAAGUUGUAUUUGGAUGCUCCUGAUUUUGGUGAUGAGCUUGAGAGGAGGAACUGGGCAUGCAUCCUUACCUACCCUGAGCCGGCAAGCAUAGCAAUUGUCAAAGAAUUUUACGCGAAUGCUCGACAUUUCUCUGAUGAGGAAGAACCAUUCCUCAUCUAUGUCAGGGGUAGAAGGGUACCAUUUGACGCUCUCACCAUCAACUCCUUCUUAGGCACUGAUUGGCCUCAAGAUCUAGCCUCUUGCGAGUAUACUGCCGCACGUUCUGAUGAGUUUAAGGACGUGGACAUUGAGGAGGUGGAGCGUGUUCUUUGUGUUCUGGGGGGGCACUUCCAUAGAAACCACAAUGGCAAACCUCUUCAUAUUAAACAUUCUCUCCUCACCCCUGUGAACCAGUAUUGGGUAGCUCUCAUACAUGCCAACAUUAGCCCCUGCUCACACGUUUUUGAUCUCAUCACCACUCGUGCUAUCCUUCUGUACUUCAUCUUGCAGGGUCGGCAGAUAAGUUUGGGUCAACUAAUCGCUACCGAAAAUUUUGAUUUUGCCCAAUCUGCUAACCCGAAGGCCCCCCUUGGCUACCCUUCUCUCAUCACCUAUUUGUGCGCAUUAGCUGGGGUGGACACUUCGGAGGCCCCAUUCGAGCGGCCACGACAGAAGAUUGAUGGGGCAUACUACAGGCAACACUGCAUGUCUAAUGCGGCUGGCAUUCCCGCUCCUGGUCCUCAGCAGCACCAUGAACCCGUCCAGACUCCUCAGCCUGCCCACCAGGACCCACAGGACGCCUUCUCGAUGUUGGAGAUGCGUCAGAUGCUACAACACUUGAGUGCACAGGGCACCUCGGCUGGAGUUGGAGCACAAGCCAUGGAUGAAGAGGGCACUGAAGAGGUUGAUUCAGAUGGUGGAACUGAGAUCAUUGAGGAUAACGUGGAUGAGGAUGACGACUGA